AUGAAGUAUAUGAAUGACACAACGUUCUACUUGGAUAACGACGACAUCGGAAUGGAUAUUUUUCUCGAUCCUUAUGAAGACCCGGAUCCCGAUGCGGCUGAAAGGCUGUUCAACUGCUAUUUUGAGACUGUUCAUCCUUCUUUCCCUCUUGUACCCCAAGCCUUUGCAGACCAGUUUCGCAAGUAUUUGACUGCACUAAGGCACAACGGUGCAUAUCAGGUACCCCAAAAGUGGCGAGCCCAAAUGAAUCUGCUCUUGGCUAUAGGCGCGAAAUACUCCCAUCUCAUUAGCGCCGAAUGGAGGGAGGAUGAUCGCGAUCAUUUGAUAUAUAUGACCAGAGCUGCGCAUCUUCUCGGCUUGAAGAACACUAUCAUGAUCGUUACAGCGCCGGACAUUGAACUGGUACAAGCAACCGGCGCAUUAGCAUUCUACUUCUUAGCGAUAGGCCAUGUGAGUAGGGCAUGGAUCAUGAUUGGAAUAGCCAUACGGCUCGCGCUCGCUCUUGGUCUUCAUUUGCGGAACGAAGAUCCUGGAGCCGAAGAAUCAAAGAAAGAGUUGCUUGUGCAUACUUGGUGGAGUCUGCAUUCGACGGAGUGUUUAGUGAGCGCAAUCACGGGAAGACCACCUGCUGUUGCUUUCGAAGACUGCACAGUAUCUCUACCACGCAACCUUCCAGGCGAACAACAAGAGUCCGGAGACACAUCUCGACAAUCAGCACGGAGGCGUACCGGAUACAACUUGCCGCAAACUAUGAGAAGCGGCCGCAUGUCCGAGGCUGGCCAACGAGUCCCAAAUCAACAUCGCUACCUCAUUGACCACAUCAACAUCAGAAUCAUUUCGCAAAAAGCCUUGCUAGAGCUGUACUCACCUCGAACUGCAGCUGAGUCUUGGGAGUCCGUUCAAAGAAAGAUCUCGGGACUGCUUGAUGAGCUCGAGGAAUGGUCGAAGGCAGCAUUACCCGGGGGUUGCCAAACAGGACAAGAGAAGCACAAGACGAGUCUUGAACGCGAGAAGUUCCUCCUCAAGGCAGACUACUGGAGUACCAAAAUGGUCGUUACACGACCAUGUCUCUGCAGGAUAGAACGGCGUAUUCGCGAUGAGAGUAACGCAUCUGCUGAGUUCAAUAAGACAAUCGCAAAAGCUUGCGUCGCAGCUGCUUUGGAAAUGACCAAACUAUUCCCUGAUGAGCCGGACCUCGACUUCGUCUAUUCUAAGGGGCCGUGGUGGACAGUUGUUCAUCUUAUCAUGCAGUCAAUUGCGGUACUCAUACUAGAAAUGGCCUACGGGAACAAGGACAUGGAGAGCUCUGAACCCAGCAUGGUCGUUUCCAUAAAAAAACUGAUUCGUUGGUUGCGCGCAAUGCAGCAUAACGAUCCCGUCGCCGCUCGAGCACACCAUGUCAUCAGAGGAGUCCUCAAGAGAUGUGCUCCGGCUCUGCAAUCUCAGGCUAAUGAACUUCUCACCCUGUAUGAAGAAAGAACCCCAGAACCUCAUACUUAUCAGCAUUAUCAUUAUCAUCAUAUCCCACAUAACGCUCAGCAAACUGCGCAAGUGCCACAAGGGAACUUUCAACUUAACCCAAUGGAUAAUAGUGGCACUUUCAAUCCUCAGCCUCUCCAGGACGAUGCACUGGACAAUCUGCCUGCAUAUCAGGGUGAUUUUGACCAGUUCUACCCGCAGCACGAACUCGCAGCAUCGAUGGCCUUUGGCAGCCCAUUUUUCACGAACUUCGAUUAUGGCGUACCGUUUGUCAACAUGUCAGACCUGUGGGUACAACCUGGACCUUCCGAUGCUUUCGAUCCGAAUUUGCCACACGGAAAUCCAUCACAAGAUAGUCGCGAUGGUGGGCAUGGGCCGAAUAUGGGAUACGCGCCACAACAGCAAAGGUUCGACUAUUAUCCACCACGAGGAUAG